AUGGAGACUUUGGAGAACAGUGAACUCUGUUUCCCACAUCUCCUCAACGCCUCAUGCAGGAGGCCAAAACAUUCUCACUCUGAGGCUAUUAUGAUUGAUAUUAUUUUCAUCCUGCUGUCCUUUAUUUCUCUGCUCACUGUGUUUCUCAACCUGCUGGUCAUCAUCUCUAUCUCCCACUUCAGGCAGCUCCAAACUCCCACCAACAUCCUCCUCCUCUCUCUGGCUGUCUCAGAUUUCCUCGUUGGUUUCCUCAUAUGCUUUCACAUUAUGUUCAUAGACGGUUGCUGGCUCCUCGGAGACGGUGUGUGUGUUAUGUAUCAGUUUUUGGGACAUAUCAUCACCACCUCUUCAGUAGGAACCAUGGCGCUCAUAUCUGUUGACCGCUAUGUGGCUAUUUGUGAUCCUAUGUUUUACUCCACAAAAAUCACAAUGAAAAGAGUUAAAGUCUGUGUUGCUUUAAUGUGGUUUUGCUCUUCAUCCUUCCAAGGUCUAAACCUUAGUGAUAAUCUGCAACAUCCAGGCAGGUAUAACACUUGCAUUGGAGAGUGCAUUGUUGUCAUUAACUACAUUGUUGGACUUGCAGAUCUUAUUUUAACCUUCAUUGUUCCCAUUACUGUUAUUAUUGUGUUGUAUACAAGAGUCUUUGUGGUGGCUGUGUCUCACGCUCGUGCCAUGCGGUCCCAGAUUGCAGCCGUCACACAUGGCUCAGCUAAAAGGUCAGAGAUUAAAGCAGCCGGUACUCUUGGAGUUGUUAUAGUUGUCUUUCUGUUAUGUAGCAGCCCAUUGUACUGUGUUGUUAUUGUGGGUGAAGACACUGUGCUCACUGCUUCAUCUGCUGCCUUUGUCAUAUCUUUGUUUUAUCUUAACUCCUGUUUGAACCCUAUGAUCUAUGCCUUCUUUUACCCCUGGUUUAGAAAAUCUGUUAAACUCAUUGUUACACUGAAGCUACUGCAGAGAGACUCCUGUGAGGCCAACAUGCUGUAGAAAGGAGCCUGACACUGACUAUGAGGAGCCUGACUUUGAACUGAAAAGUGACAUGUAUUUGAAUGUUUUACUUAGAAC